AUGGCGUCGGCUGCUUCUAUUCACGGAGCCUCCCCGCUGUCUGCUAAAGUGGUCGGGUCAUUUGCUUAUCUCACUGUUAAGGACAGAAUGCCCAUCAUUCUCACUAAAGUCAUAGACACGAUUCACCGCAAUAAAGACAAGUUUUUUGAAGAAUACGGAGAGGACGGCAUAGAGGCUGAAAAAAGAGCAAUAUCAUUCUUGUCGAAACUAAGGAAUGAGGUACAAACAGACAAGCCGAUAGCAGAGCUCACAGACGGCCUGAGAGAUGUGGAAGCCUGGAAUCAGCACCUCCAGAAACACCAGGCCGUACAAGGAGGGAAGGAGUCUGUGAGCUGGUUCAAAUCUCCUUGGCUUUAUGUGGAAUGUUACAUGUACCGAAGAAUACAAGAGGCCAUUUGGCUCAAUCCUCCCAUAAAUGAGUUUGACUUUUUUAAUGAAGCAAAAACUCAGAGCUUCUUUGAGUCUCAGAAAGCUACAAUUGCUCUAUGUACGUUUCUGGAAGCACUUAAAAAGGAUAAAGAUGGACUGUCUAAAAAUCAAUUAUUAGAUAAUUUCAUCAAGCUAUUACAGGUGUCUCUCUGGGGGAACAAGUGCGACCUCUCCAUCUCUGCAGGCCAGGAGAACUCUCAAAAAGACAGUCCUAUUGAAGCUCUCCCCAACCUGAAACCAUUCAUCUUGGUGGAUGAUUCUGAUAUGGUAUGGGCGACUCUAACCUCUUCCAAAAGCACUGACAUUUCAAGAAAAAGAGUCGACAUUGUUCUGGACAACGCUGGAUUUGAAUUAGUUUCUGACCUGGUGCUGGCUGAUUUCCUGGUUUCAUUUCAUUUGGCUGAUGAAAUUCAUUUCCAUGGGAAGUUAUUUCCAUGGUUUGUUUCUGAUGUCACUGCGAAAGACUUUGAGUGGACCAUCAGACAGACGAUGGCAGCCAAUCACAAGUGGAUGUCUAAAAGCGGCGUUCAGUGGAAGAAGUACCUCAAGGAUGGAGUGUGGUCCUAUCAUGACCAUGCGUUCUGGACUCAGCCUCAUGAGUUUUGUGACAUGGCAAUAGAGGCUCCAGACUUGUAUGGAAAACUUAGAGGAGCUGAUCUGGUGUUGUUUAAAGGGGAUUUAAACUACAGGAAGCUAACUGGGGACAGAGACUGGGACUUCACUGUCAACUUUGAUACUGUUCUGCGAGGUUUUGAACCAUCAGCCCUCUGCAGCCUGAGAACUCUAAAAGCUAAUGUCCAGGUGGGUUUGCAGCCUGGACAAGGGGAGCAGCUCAGCUCCCAAGAACCAAACUGGAUGACCAGUGGCAAGUAUGGGGUCAUUCAGUUCCAUAAACCACAUUUAGACCAGCAGAGUGUUGAGGAGAGCAGGCAGCUUUGCAGAGCCAGGACCAGCCCCGAACUGGAGAGCCUAUCUCCACCACGUGCCCCAUCUCCACCCCCUCUCAGCGGCAUGUACCCAGAAGAGAGCAGGGGGACUGGAGGGGUCGCCCCUGUGGACUUCCUGGAUGAGACAUACGACUACACCACAUCCACCCUGUACCCCAGCACGGGCUAUUUCCCAGCGCCUCUAGACGCCCCUGGACCACCCUCUGAGGGGAGCCUGCAGUCUCUGGGCAGUGGUCCUAACAGUCCUUUGAUGUUCGUGCCCUCGAGCCCCCGCCUCAGUCCCUUCAUGCAUCCACCAAGCCACCCGUAUCUGGACCCCAGCUCCACCUCCAUCUACAGGCCUGGAGUGAUGUCAUCUCAGCAGGCAUCCAGAGAGGAGCACAGUGGGGCAGAGGAAGCCUUCAGAGUGGGUGAACCUGGACCAGGGAGCGCAGUCGGACCUAGAGUCGGUCCUGGAGGCUUCGAAUUGGCUAAAGAGACACGCUUUUGUGCAGUGUGCAGUGACUACGCCUCCGGGUAUCACUAUGGGGUGUGGUCGUGUGAGGGCUGUAAGGCCUUCUUCAAGAGGAGCAUCCAAGGUCACAAUGACUAUAUGUGCCCAGCGACCAAUCAGUGCACCAUUGACAGGAACCGGAGGAAGAGCUGCCAGGCCUGCCGUCUCAGAAAGUGUUACGAAGUUGGAAUGAUGAAAGGAGGUAUCCGCAAAGACCGAGGUCGAGUUGUGCGACGCGACAAGAGAAAGCCUGACAAAGAUAAAAACGCAAAGGGCUCACAUCCCAGAACAGCGCCUCUGCAGGACAAGAGGCAGUAUGUCAGCAGUUCAGGAGGACAAGCCAAGUUGUCCAUCACCGGGAUGUCUCCUGACCAGGUACUUCAGUUGUUGCAGGGAGCUGAGCCCCCGAUCCUCUGCUCUCGUCAGAAGUUAAGUGGGCCGUACACAGAGAUCACCAUGAUGACUCUGCUCACCAGCAUGGCUGACAAAGAGCUGGUGCACAUGAUCGCCUGGGCCAAGAAACUACCAGGUUUUUUGCAGCUCUCGCUGCACGACCAGGUGCUGCUGCUGGAGAGCUCGUGGCUGGAGGUGCUGAUGAUCAGCCUGAUCUGGAGGUCCAUCCACUGUCCCGGAAAACUCAUCUUUGCUCAGGACCUCAUCCUGGACAGAAGUGAAGGUGACUGUGUGGAGGGCAUGGCUGAGAUCUUUGAUAUGUUGCUGGCCACAGCCUCUCGUUUCCGCAUGCUCAAACUCCGACCAGAGGAGUUCAUCUGCCUUAAAGCCAUCAUCCUGCUCAACUCUGGUGCCUUCUCCUUCUGCACUGGAACAAUGGAGCCGCUUCAUGACGCUGCUGCUGUUCAGAGCAUCCUGGACACCAUCACCGACGCCCUCAUCUACCACAUCAGCCAAUCAGGAUACAGCGGGCAGCAGCAGGCCAGGAGACAGGCCCAACUGCUGCUGCUUCUGUCCCACAUCCGCCACAUGAGCAACAAGGGGAUGGAACACCUCUACAGCAUGAAGUGCAAGAACGUAGUGCCUCUGUACGACCUUCUGCUGGAGAUGCUGGACGCUCACCGCCUUCACCGCCCGGUCCGGACCCCCCAGGGCGGCUCCCUGGACGACGGCAGCCCCUCUUACGACAUCGGCAGCGGCUCCAGCUCAGACCCCUGCCGUGCCCCGGAGGGAGGAAUCAAAAUGUCCUCUCCAAGUCCCAUGCAGUUCGGGGGCUCCGUAGAAGAUGACUGUACUCUCAUUUCCUGA